AACACUGUCUUUAAGAUGAUGGUUUGGAUAUCAUUUUUUUUGCAACAAACAAAGGCUCGGGCCAUGCCAGCCGACCUCAUCCUGUACGGGGGCGACAUCAUCACCAUGGAGGGGAGUGAGGCCAACCGGUCCCGCGGUGCCGACUCCCCGCCCAAGACCGAGGCCGUAGCGAUCAGCGGGGACACCAUCCUGGGUGGCUCCAUCGAUGAUGUGGUCUUCCGUCCCGCCGGACCCGACACCCAGGUCAUCUUCCUGAACCAACAGACCCUGAUGCCGGGCUUCAUCGAACCCCACCAGCACGCUAUACAGUGCCCCAUCAUGCGGAGCCAGUACAUCAACAUCAGUGCCCUGAAUUACAGGUAA